CAUUGUGCGCCCUCUUUAGACUAUGCUCGGUCAUGUUUAGCGUUUAAUUCAGCUACCCGAGGCUUUUGUGUUGUUGCCAGUAAGCUGUCGAGUCGCUAAUUUUUAUGUGUUGUAAAUUUACGUUGUAGUUAACGUUAAUUUAUUUCAACAUGGAGUCCGGAGAGGCCAACGAGGAGAAGGGAGGCUCUCUGACGGCGGCGCAGAGGAGAGCAGAGAUGAGGAGAAGGAAACUGCUCAUGAAUUCAGAGGACAGGAUGAACAGAAUCGUGGGCUACGCUAAAAGCGAAUCUGAAAUCAACGCUGCAGCAUCCCGGCGUCCUGCAGAACCCCACUUCCACCUUGACCUCGACAGGACAGAGCCAUGGUCGUCGUCCUCGUCUUCCCCAAAACCUUCUCCCUUCUUACCAGAGGUUUCGGGGCACGGCAGCCGCUCACACAGCGCCACCCCCGAGAGGAGGGCCUCGCCCCUGCUUGGCUUCAAUGAGCCUCACGGAGGCUCUUUGGAGGACGACAUCGGAGGGCUCCGUCAGAGACCAAGGGGGGAGCGGAUAUCAGACGACCUCAGCGGCUCCCCGCGUCGAGGCAUCCAGACUUACCUGUCCCGUUUUGACGAUGCCAUGAAACUGCGGGGACAGCUGGCCAAUGAGAAGCCGACUCAAGACGGAGGGUCUGACUCAGAGGAGUUUGAUCCCUUCAGAAUCUUCAGGCUUAUCGGCAGCGUCCUCCUCGCUGUGUUUGUUCGGCUUUUUGUUUGCAAGUAUCUGUCAAUAUUUGCUCCAUUUCUGACCCUUGAACUGGCCUACAUGGGGCUGUCCAAAUACUUUCCAAAGGUGGAGAAAAAGGCCCAGACCACUGUGCUGACUGCUGCCCUGUUGCUGUCCGGCAUCCCAGCUGAGGUCAUAAACCGCUCCAUGGACACCUACAGGAGGAUGGGGGACGUCUUCGCUGACCUCUGCAUUUACUUCUUCACCUUCAUCCUCUCGCACGAGAUCCUGCAGCUCAUUGGCUCAGAGACUCCCUGAUGGAGCAGGAAGAUCUUCAUAAACCCCAUCCUCCCUUCUUGAUGUCCCCACCCUUGUGUCGCCCUUAGAAACAAGGCACGGUCAUUUGCAUUGCCUGAGAUGGGUUUGGAGGAAGGAAACGAAUUCUCGCCAUCUUAUGGUAAAAGUUGUGUGUCAGCUGGAGGAGUCCACUAAGGCUAAACUACACGUGGCCAGAGAGUCCAGUGUUUUGUAACACAUCUCCGAUUCAUUUUUGCUCCAAACCGAAGCUGAGAAACUGAAAGACGGUACAUGUUUGUCUGUUUGUGGGAAGACAUUGGCUGUUGUCGUGCUGGGUGAUGUUUAUUUGUCAGAACUAGUACAGGAAAUUGUAAAUGUCAUAUGCAAGAGUGGACGAGAGUGCAGUUCAUCAGCAGUCUGGCAGCCGUGUAACUUAUGAAAUGGGAAGCACUGGAGUACUUCAAGGGCUGGCUGAUCUUUCAGAAACUGAUGUCAGUGAUUUACAAAUUCUGUUUAUUGAUACAUUACACACAAAAUGACCAAACUGAUGUUUAAACUGUCCUUUAGUAUUAUGUAUUACAUCGGGGAAAAAAAUCCAUCAAACAAACUCUUAACGGGAAACUUUUUCUGAGUGGGGUUGUGUGAGGUAUUUAUCCAUCAUCAGUGUGUUAACUAUUGCAGAUGGCAGGCAGUAUGUCCUCAGCUUGGAGACACAGUGUAGUAUAUGAUGUCCUGCUGUGCAUGAGAGCAGCCGUACAAUGUGUUUUAGCCACCUAAAGAAAUCUGUAUCAGGCUAAGUGUACACUAUGUUGAGAACAUUUUCACCACCUUGCCUUUCUGUCAUACAGCUCUUUUCAGUGAGGAAUUUAAAUUGUUUCUGUCAAAGGAUUCUAGUCGCUUUGAAAACAGUAUAGAUGGAUAUAAAGGUUUCAGCGCCCCGUCUUGAUGUCUGAUGACGCAGUAAGGUGGUGAAAAUAUACUAAAUACUCUCAAACUGUCAGCAUGCUGUCUACACGAGAGUACCUCUUACAACCCCACUUCAAACAACCUGAACUGUUCCGUUAAGAGGUGACCUCACCCAGCAGUGAUGUCACGACACACUGGCACAUCCUGGAGUACACUUCUGCAUCACUGCAGCCUUGUGAGAAGCUAAACCAGUAGAGGGCAGCUGCCUUGAAGGAGCCGGAAAAAAAAUCUAAUUGUUUGCGUGGAAUUGUUAAUUUGUAGGAAGAUAAUGUAGGUCUUUCUAAACAGCAACUGCUGUGGCUAUAAGCAGCAGUUACAGUAUGGCCAUAAAUGUGAAAAUGUAGAGCGAUAGCGCUUGAAAAGUUAUUAAGUCAGAGAACUGACUCGAUAAUGUCUGGUAGACAUUACAUUAGACUAACCACCAUAAGCUGCUGAUCUUAACAGACCAGGCAAAAGCUGCAAGCCCCCCUGGGUUUACUGACUCGUGCAACACUGAGGUUUACAGUUUAAGAAGUCUGCUUUCCAUUUGUAAGGAAAACUGUUAUUUCUUAAAAGUCAUAUAGAUGCGCUUUAAAAGACAUCAGUGUCUUCAAAGAAAAACACCAUAUGUUGAUAUUGUCAUGACACGGUUUGCUGAGACCUGAUGGAAAAUAACACUAAAUUAUCACCCUAAGUCAUUCUGAAUCCUAAUAAUCUCCAAAGAGCUGUGCAUGGUGUCAAUAUCUCAGCAAUGUGGACUCCUCAACAGGUGUCUGAGUGCUUCAAAACCAAAUCUGCUGGUAAAGUCAUGAGAAAUAUUACUACUACUACUAUUAACUACUGCUAUGAAUAUCUUUCUGUCGUGUUAUGCUGCAGUGUAUCGGGCAGGGUUGGGGUCAGUACAGUUUCCCUUCAUGUCACUUAAAACUGAAAUCUAAACUCUGAUAGGCUGCUGAGUAGCAGCAGAACCUACUCAGUUCAUAAGUUGUAUAAAAUAAAUAAAAAACACUUCUUGAAUUGAUUGAUUUAGGACUGUAUUAAGUAGGUUCAGUGGGGUUCUUGAUCUGUUUUGUUUGAGAGCCGAUGACUGAAUUAAGCUGAAAGCUUAAAGACAUCAUGGCCUCUGCUGAUUCGUUGCUCAUCUACACCUCAAGCAAUUGACUAAUCUUGUUUUUCUCGCAUAGUAACCAUAAUGGAGGUCCAACAAAACAUUUCCUUUGCACAAAAGUGUAAUUACAUGGAGGCUUAGGACUUUGGAAAACAUGAGCUCUGAGAUUAGUUUCAUAAAGACUCAAAUCUUCCUGUGAUUAAUCUCAGAGAUCUGUUUCACAUGUACUACUGCCCUCUUCUAUGCCAAACAUACAUUAGCUACCCAUCAAGAAGCCGCAGUCUGACACAAACAUCAAACAUGGCUGCACAGCCACCCUGUUUAGCUGUCUGACAGGAACGACAAAACACAGGGACAGCGGAGCAGCCAGCCUUCAUUUUCUGAUGAUCGGCUGUGUGAUCCAUUUAUAGGCAUCAGAAAUUUGCUGGUUACUAAAUAUAAAAUAAAGCUGAGUGCAUGAGCUUUGUUCACAGUCUUAACAUCUUGAGAGAGGUAUCACGGCAGGCUGCACAUGGCAGAAGUACCCUGGUUACAGGAAAUAAAGGAGUGUGAAUUGAUUGAAGAUUGAAAAUUUUCUCCAGCCUUCAGUUGGAUGGAGAUGUAAAAAAUAAUUUGAGCUUUUAGGAACAUUAGAAAAACUUUUUGUAGGUUUGUGGUCUUGUGGGAUCAAGAGAUGCUGAAUCCUUCAUCCAUCAGGUGAAAACUCAUUUUACUGAUGGAGCAACAGUAGUCGACCCCUGAUGACUUUGAACUUUGUGGAUGAGAACGUGUUUGUGUCGUGACAGAUUAGUAGUCAGUUUCACAUUAAGUUAUAUUUUCCGUUACAAUCUGUCAUCCAGUGUUGAGAGGCGUCCGUCUGUGUUAUGAACACGUUUUCUUCCUUCAUUGAAGUUGUGACGUCAGAAGAAGCAUUUAAUCCUUGAAUGUGGGGCGUAUUAUUUUGCACGGCUCUGGGCUUAAACACGCAGUAAACUUCCUUCAGUAGGUGUACGUAAUGACGGGGUGCAAUUGACGGGGACGUUGUGGGUCUUACUGGGAAGCACUGCUAGUAAAUGUGAAGCAGUGGGAGUUUGUGUGCUUAUUUGUGUUGAGUAACCCUGGUGAUGUGUCCUGCUCUGCUUAGUUCAAGCCUUAUUCAUACAUACUCCACAUAUAUAGAUAUACUCUCUACUGCUGUGCUUAUGUCCUUUCUCCAUACUUUUAAUUUCGCCCAAAUUAAUUUAUUGGUGUGAAUAUAUUUUUUCAUGUAAAUGAGUUUGUGUGAUUUAUCCUAUUUGUCUGACCUACUUGAUUGUUUUUGAUAAUGUUUACAGAUUAACUGUUUUUAAUGGCUCUUACGGUAUCUUACAUUUGAACUUUGUUGACUAAUUUAGUGCUGACAUGAUGUAAACAGUUUCUGCUUAAAAAUGUACACAGGAAUGAACAACUGAAAAAUUCAUACCAAAUAAAUACUACUUGUGUGACUUGU